UAUAGCCAGAACUCUUGCAUCCUGGUGAUGGUAAACUGCCGUGCCAGUAUAAACGCGAAGGCAGGUCACACAUACUCACAAGUCCGUCCCAUCUCAGGUCAUCCAUCCAUCCAUCCCUGCAGCAAUGGCGUCUGCAGUGACCAGCAGCGACAAGGAGCAGGCCGUCCCUACCAUCGACGCUGACGAAGCGCACGCGCUGCUGAGCUCCGGCCAUGGCUACGUGGAUGUCAGGAUGCGGGGGGACUUCCACAAGGCGCAUGCGCCCGGUGCUCGGAACGUUCCCUACUACCUGUCCGUCACGCCGCAAGGGAAGGAGAAGAACCCACACUUUGUAGAGGAAGUGGCUGCCUUCUGUGGGAAGGAUGAUGUCUUCAUUGUGGGUUGCAACACGGGGAACAGAUCCAGGUUCGCGACGGCAGACCUUCUGAACGCGGGGUUCAAGAACGUGAGGAACCUGCAAGGUGGUUACCGCUCCUUUCAGCAGCGAGCUCAACAGCAGUAGACAUCACGUCCUGAAGGUAUGCCAGGGAUGCUGCAGUUGAACG